AUGAAAUUCUUCUUGUAUUCAGAAACUCCUUGUUAUGCUUGGCGAGUUAUACCAGCCCAUAAAGCUUCAUACGUGCGGCGCGCAGAAGAAGAGGGAGUGUCCGUAGAUAAUGAGGUGGAGGACUUUGAAGAACGCUUGCCUCGAAAUAGUUUACACACCGUCUACAAGUUUGGUUGGUGCAAGAGUGAUGUGACUAACCGGGCGAACCUGUUCCGAACCUCCAACUUCACAAUACCUCAUCGCUAUGUGGCCGAAACGCAAUGGAUUUAUGUUCUAGACUCGGCGAACAGUAGGAGAUUCAGUUUGCAGUGUGUUGUUGUGAAGGUUUACGUGCCAGCCAAGUAUCAAUUCAAAAGGACCCGGAUACCCUUCCACUACUGCCAGGGAUCGGUGAUCUACUUGAUGGCACGCACGGUGGGCAGGAUACUCAUGCAUGAGUUCUACUUCAUGUCCCAGUUUUACAUGCCAGCGACAUUCGUUUUUGAGUAUUAUCACCCUAUAAUGAUGUAA